CCGGCCCCUUCCUCCUAGCUCCACGCUUUCAGGGCGUUGCAUCACCUCUGGACACCUCUGGUGUAGCUGCGGCUCCUUUCGGGGUGCUCCAGCCUGGAGGCCCCUCAGUAACAAAAUGGUUCAACAAGUGCCAGAAAACAUCGAUUUUCCUGCUGAAGAAGAGAAAAUCUUGCAGUUUUGGUCCGAAUAUAAUUGUUUUCAAGAAUGCUUAAAGCAAUCAAAACAUAAGCCAACAUUUACCUUCUAUGAUGGGCCUCCUUUUGCAACUGGACUGCCUCACUAUGGGCAUAUACUUGCAGGGACAAUUAAAGAUAUAGUUACAAGAUACGCUCACCAGAGUGGGUUUCACGUUGACAGAAGAUUUGGAUGGGAUUGUCAUGGUUUACCUGUGGAAUAUGAAAUUGAUAAGACACUGGGAAUCAGAGGACCAGAGGAUGUAGCCAAAUUGGGGAUUGCAGAGUAUAACAGCCAGUGCCGAGCAAUUGUGAUGCGAUAUUCUGCUGAGUGGAAGUCUACUAUUACCAGACUUGGUCGAUGGAUUGACUUUGACAAUGACUACAAAACUCUGUAUCCACAAUUCAUGGAAUCCGUGUGGUGGGUCUUCAAACAACUCUACAAUAAAGGCCUUGUUUACAGAGGUGUGAAAGUCAUGCCCUUCUCCACUGCAUGCAACACUCCGCUCUCCAACUUUGAAUCUCACCAGAAUUACAAGGAUGUUCAAGAUCCUUCAAUAUUUGUAACUUUCCCUUUGGAGGAAGAUGAAAACGUGUCCUUGGUUGCGUGGACAACAACUCCCUGGACUCUGCCUAGUAACCUUGCCCUGUGUGUUAAUCCAGAUAUGCAGUAUGUAAAAAUUAAAGAUGUUGCCAGAGGAAAAUUACACAUUUUAAUGGAAGCCAGAUUACCAGCCCUCUAUAAAUUAGAGAGUGACUAUGAGAUCCUUGAAAGAUUUCCUGGUGCCUAUCUCAAAGGCAAGAAAUACAGGCCUCUGUUUGACUACUUCGUGAAGUAUAAAGAGAACGGUGCCUUUACUGUGCUGGUUGACAACUAUGUGAAGGAGGAAGAAGGCACUGGGGUUGUACAUCAAGCUCCGUACUUCGGUGCUGAUGACUAUCGGGUCUGCAUGGACUUCAACAUCAUCCAGAAAGACUCUCUCCCUAUUUGCCCUGUGGAUGCUUCGGGCUGCUUCACGGCGGAAGUGACGGAUUUUGCAGGACAAUAUGUGAAGGAUGCUGACAAAAAUAUCAUCCGGACCCUGAAGGAGCAAGGCCGACUCCUUGUUGCCGGCACUUUCACCCACAGCUACCCUUUCUGCUGGAGGUCAGACACUCCCCUCAUUUACAAAGCAGUGCCCAGCUGGUUCAUCCGAGUGGAGCACAUGGUGGACCAGCUGCUGAGGAACAACGAUCUGUGUUACUGGGUCCCAGAGUUUGUUCGAGAAAAGCGAUUUGGAAAUUGGCUGAAAGAUGCACGUGACUGGGCAAUUUCCAGAAACAGAUACUGGGGCACCCCGAUCCCACUGUGGGUCAGUGAUGACUUCGAGGAGGUAGUAUGCAUUGGGUCAGUGGCUGAGCUUGAAGAACUGUCAGGAGUGAAGAUCUCAGAUCUCCACAGAGAGAGCAUUGACCAUUUGACCAUUCCUUCACGCUGUGGGAAGGGACUGCUGCGUCGCAUCUCUGAAGUGUUUGACUGUUGGUUCGAGAGUGGCAGCAUGCCCUAUGCUCAGAUUCAUUAUCCAUUUGAAAACAAGAGGGAGUUUGAGGAUGCGUUUCCUGCAGACUUCAUUGCUGAAGGCAUUGACCAGACCCGAGGAUGGUUUUACACCCUGCUGGUACUGGCCACAGCUCUCUUUGGACGGCCGCCAUUCAAAAACGUGAUCGUGAACGGGCUCGUCCUGGCAAGUGAUGGCCAAAAAAUGAGCAAACGAAAAAAGAAUUACCCAGACCCACUUUCAAUCAUCCAUAAAUACGGUGCCGAUGCCCUCAGAUUAUAUCUGAUUAACUCCCCUGUGGUGAGAGCAGAAAACCUCCGCUUUAAGGAAGAGGGUGUCCGAGAUGUCCUGAAGGAUGUCCUGCUCCCUUGGUACAACGCCUAUCGCUUCUUCAUCCAGAACGUCCUGCGGCUACAGAAGGAGGAAGAAAUGGAGUUCCUUUACAAAGAGAACAUGGUUAAAGAAAGUGCCAACAUCACAGACCGGUGGAUCCUGUCCUUUAUGCAGUCACUUGUUGGGUUCUUUGAGACUGAAAUGGCAGCUUACAGGCUCUAUACCGUGGUUCCUCGCCUGGUCAAGUUUGUGGAUGUUCUGACUAAUUGGUAUGUCAGGAUGAACCGCAGGCGAUUAAAGGGUGAAAAUGGGGUAGAGGAUUGUGUUCUGGCCCUGGAAACCUUGUUUAGUGUUCUGCUCUCUCUGUGCAGACUUAUGGCCCCCUAUACCCCUUUUCUUACUGAAUUGAUGUACCAGAAUCUAAAGCUGCUGAUUGACCCUGUUUCUGUCCGGGACAAGGACACAUUGAGUAUCCACUACCUCAUGCUGCCCCCUGUUAGAGAGGAGCUGAUUGACAAGAAAACCGAGAGUGCAGUGUCUAGAAUGCAGUCUGUGAUUGAACUUGGGCGAGUGAUUCGAGACCGCAAAACUAUUCCGAUAAAGUAUCCUUUGAAAGAAAUUGUAGUUAUCCAUCAGGACCCGGAAGCUCUUAAUGAAAUUAAGUCUCUGGAGAAGUAUAUCAUUGAGGAAUUGAAUGUUCGGAAAGUUACGCUGUCUACAGAUAAAAACAAGUAUGGCAUUCGCCUAAGGGCGGAACCGGAUCACAUGGUCUUAGGGAAGCGUCUGAAGGGAGCCUUCAAGAUGGUGAUGACGUCCAUCAAGCAGCUGAGCAGUGAGGAGCUGGAGCGGUUCCAGGAGAGUGGGACCAUUGUCGUGGAAGGCCAUGAACUGCACGAAGAAGACAUCCGUCUCAUGUACACCUUUGAUCAGGCUGCAGGUGAAACGACACAGUUUGAAGCACACUCAGAUGCGCAGGCUUUGGUUCUCUUAGACGUCACCCCUGACCAGGCAAUGGUGGAUGAAGGAAUGGCUCGGGAAGUCAUCAAUCGCAUCCAGAAACUCCGCAAAAAGUGCAAUCUCGUUCCAACUGAUGAAAUAACAGUUUAUUAUAAAGCAAAUUCUGAAGGAAAGUAUCUGAAUAAUGUUAUCAAAAGCCACACAGAGUUCAUAUUUGCCACCAUAAAGUCUCCUUUGAAACCAUAUCCUGUUCCUACAUCAGAUAAAAUCCUUAUUCAAGAAAAAAUGCAGUUAAAAGGGUCUGACCUGGAACUUACACUCACCAGAGGAUCAUCCACGCCUGGCCCAGCUUGUGCGUAUGUCAAUCUUAACAUCUGUACAAAUGGCAGUGAGCAGAGUAAGAGUGGAGUAUUGCUUCUGGAAAAUCCAAAAGGCGAUAAUAGGUUGGACCUUUUAAAGCUGAAGAAUGUUGUUACUAGCAUUUUUGAUGUAAAAAAUACAGAGCUGGCUGUCUUCCAUGGUGAAACAGAAAUAAAGAACCAAACCAACUUACUGAGUCUGAAUGGAAAAACACUUUGUGUGACCGGAGGAUCAUCUCCCUCUGUGAUCGACAGUCCUAGUGCUCUUCUCUGUCAAUAUAUCAACCUGCAGCUCUUGAAUGCAGACCCCCAAGAGUGUUUAAUGGGAACAGUGGGCACUCUCCUCCUUGAAAACCCACUUGGGCAGAAUGGGCUCACCCACCAAGGUCUUCUGUAUGAAGCAGCCAAGGUGUUUGGCCUCCGGAGCAGGAAGCUAAAGCUGUUUCUGAAUGAGACUCAAACAGACGAAAUUACAGAAGAAAUCCCCAUGAAGAGUUUGAACACGAAGACUGUGUAUGUUUCUGUGUUACCGACGACAGCAGACUUCUAACAUUGUUAUCAGUAUGUUUCAGUCAGCCUUUCCCUGGCACAUCCCUGUCCCCUGCGCACGUGUGCACGCACACACACAGAAGAUACUUCCUUCAGGUGCAUGUAUAAUAUGCUGCUUUUGGUCUAAAAUUGAAAUGGGAUUGAUUCAUCAGGUGACUUGGGAAUUUACAGUAGUAUUCACACUCAACCUUAAACACCUAUGCAUCCAUGCUGGGGGGAGUUACAAUGUUACCUCAGCACUUCACAGUAUAUUUCUGUACUUGAAUUUUUAAGUAUAGAACACAGAAGUGGUUUAACUGGUACAGUAUAUAUAUUAUAUCAUCCUAUGGCCUUUCAAAACUUAUUUGAGAUCACUUGAAGGAAUGGACAAUGUUAUAUAUUUUCGCUACCUGCGUUUUCCUGCAUAAUUUGAUGGAAUAUUUUAAGUUUCAGUAAAUCAAACCAAUAAACUUUCUCUCAGAUAAUACAUAUGUUAGAAGUAAUUCAUUCUCCCAUAGUUCAGUGACACUUGGAAUUUGUAAUCUUUAAAGAACACAAAAACUUAACAGUAACUCCUGUAUAUAUAAGACAGUAGACUUAAACAUCUAAUUUGACUUCUUCCCAAAAUCCUGUGUCAAAGAAGCACAUGCCAAGACAAAAUUAGAUGUGCAAGACUUUAUUGGGGGAAACAUACAUAAAAGAUAAAGGAGAGGGGGAGAGGGCAAAGGGAGAGGCAGCCUUCAGAAAGAGUCCAGAGUUAGGCAGAAAUGACCUGGCUUUGUGCUCGAGCCUUGCUCACUCAGGGGCUGGGAGCAGCUGGGGGGACCAUGACCUCAGCAUAAUUGAUCUGUGGAUCUGAAAAUGUAGUAGCUAGGGGCUGCCAAUCAGCUGUACCCCUUACAUCAGAUUCUCCUGAAAGGAGCUCUGAAUGGUACAUCUCUGGCUGCUGGAGUAAGUGCAUUCAAAUCCAAACCCACAAAAUUGGAGGGAACCGAACAAAAUAACAGGUGUUGUCAAGGAUCAGAGAAACUGGAACCCUUCUGCACUGUUGGUAGGAAUGUAAAGUCUUACGGUCACUAUGGAAAUCAGUAUAGAGGUUCUCAAAAAUUAAAAGUAGAAUUAUCAUAUGAUCCAGCAAUCCAUUUCUGGGUAUAUAUCCAAAAGAACUGAAAGCAGGUUUUUGAAGAGAUAUUUGCACACUCAGCUUCAUUGCAGCAUUAUUCACAACAGCCAAGAGACGGAGCUACCCAAAUGUCCCCUGGGGGAUAAACAGAUAAGGAAAAUGUAAUAUAUACAUACAAUUGAAUAUUAUUCAGACUUUAAAAAGGAUGAGCCUUGAGGACAUUAAACAAAGUAAAAUAACCCCGUCACAAAAAGACAAGUGCUGUGUGAUUCCACUUGUGUUAAGGUACCUAGAAUAAUCAAAUUCACUGAAACAAAAUGCAGUGCUGGUUGCCAGGGGCUGCAGGGAGAGAAAUGGGGAGCUGCUGGGUGGGAAUAGUUUCAGUUUUGCAAGAGGGAAAAGUUCUAGAAGUCUCUUGCACAGCCAUGUGAAUAUAGUUAACACUGCUAAACUGGAUCCUUAAAAAUAGCUAAGUUGGUAAAUUUUAUGUAAUUUUUACCAGUUAAGAAUUUUUUUAAAUGUCAAAGGAAUAGAAGCCAAACUCAAAGAGCUCCCAGUGGCCAAAGCUGAAACAAUUUGAACAAAAAUAUAAUUUAGUAUUGAAUUAAAAUCCAAAGUACAAAGUAAAUAUCCACGAGUACGUGCUGAUAUAAGUGAUUGAAUAAAUAGAAAUGAGGCAAAUCUCCUGUAUAAAAUUCCAAAUAAUUUGUAUAGAUACUUCCUCUCAAUGUGGUGUACAUUAAAUCCACACACCUUGAGAGUGGGUUAUACUUGGUGACUUACUUCAGAAGAGUAUGGAAAGGGGGCAGUUAGUCACGUCACAGUUUAGAAACCUGGCAGACUCUACCUGGGACCAGUCAUGAUAGCGCACACUCUCGCUAGGACUUGGUGAGAGUGGUACUUGACAUCUGGUUGUCCUCCCAAGAACUUAGAACCCCAGUCUCACCAUGAGAAAAACAUAGGGCAAACCCAAAGUGAGAGACAUUUCUACCAAUACCUGACUCUUCAAAAUUCAAGGUUAUCAAAAACAAAGAAUGUUUGAGAAACUCACAGACCAGAGGGGACAAAGCAGAUACAAUGGCUAAAUAUGAUGUGGCGUUGUAGAUGUGAUCUAGGAACAGAAAAAGGUCUAAAGAGGAAAAUGUAUGAGAUCCAAAUAAAGUACGGAGUUUAGUUAACAAUAUUGUAUCAUUGUAGAUUUAAUAAUUGUGAUGAAAAAUGUACCAUGAUAAUGUAAGAUGUUCACAGUAGGGUAAACUGUGUGUGGAAUAUGUGGAAACUUGUACUGUCUUUUCUAUAAAUCUGAAACUAUUCUAAAAUUAAAAGGUUUUCUUUUAAUAAAUAGAAAAUGUGAAAUUUAAAAUCUAUUUGUAAUAGCAUCACAAAAUAUGAAAUACUCAGGGAUAAAUUUGACCAAAGAUGUGCAGUUAACUAUAACCUGAAAAUUAUAAAAUAUUGCUCAGAGAUAAUAAAACCUAUGUAAUUGAAAGAGGUAUGUUUGUAUUAGCUUGGGCUGCCAAUAACAAAAUGCCGCAGGCUGGGUGGCUUAGACAGCAGACUUAUUUUCUUAACAGUUCUGGAGGCUGGAAGUCCAGUAUCAGCAAGUCUGCAAGUAUGGGUUCUCCUGAAUGUUCUUACCAUGUCAUCGUGUCCUCACAUGGCUUUUCUGGGUGUGUGAACUCCUGGUGUCUUUUCUUGUCAGGGCACUGGUCCUGCUGGAUUAGGGCCCCACCCUCACGACCUCAUUUAACUUAAUUACAUUUAUAAAGGAUCUACCCCCAAAUACAGUCACAUGGGCAGUAGAGCUACAACACUUGAAUUUUGAGAAAAUAACUCAGUUCACAACAAUUUUCAUGGAUUCAAAGACUCAGUAUUGUUAAAUUAAGCUAACAAUGCUCCCAAAUUGAUCUAUAGAUUUGAUGUGAUCCCAAACAAAAUCCCCGGAGGAUUUUUUUAAGUAACAUUAACUAGUUCAUUAUAAAUUUUAUGUAGAAAUGCAGAGGCUUUAAGACCCAAAUAAAUUUUACAAAGUUGGAGGAUUUGAAUAACCUGAUAUUACAAGAUUUAUAGAACUAAAUAAGACUGGAAUUGGCAUAAAGGUAACAAAUAGAUCAUUAGGGCAGAACAGAAUCCAGAAAUAGACCUACACAUAUAUUUUUAAUUAAUUUUUUUUAAUGAUGCCUAGGACGACAAUGGGAAAAGGAUAAACUUUUCCCCAACAUGGUGCUGGAAUGAGUGGAUUGUCAUAGACAUACACACAAAGAGAACCUUGAUCUAUACCUCUCCAUAUGGUAAAAAAAAACUAAAAUUAUAUCAAAAUACAAACAUAAACAAAUAUGAAAUAUAACAAAAUAUAUGUAUUUUACCACAAUAAAAGUAUCUGUGUUUAACAGAACUAAGUGUAAAAGCUGUAAUAAUAAAACUUCAAGAAGAAAAUCUUGGUGACCUUGCAUGGUAGGAGGAAUAGUCCCCUGAAGAUGCCCACACCUCAAUCUCUGGAAUCUGUGAAUGUAUUAGAUGCUAAAGAUCACAUCUCUGCAGGUGUGAUUAAGGUUAUAGGCUUUAAGAUUAAAGAGAUUAUCCUGGUUCCUCUGGGUGGGCCCAAUCUAAUCAUAGGAGCCUUUAAAAGCAAAGCACUUUCUCUGGUUGGAGGCAAGAGAAAUUGGCAGAAGGGGAAGUUGUAAAAUACAUGUUUGGACACGAGGAUUGGCCGUGCUGUUGUUGGCUUAUGAUGUGUGGGACCCAUGUGCGAGAACUGGCGAGAGGCCACUGGGAGCUACGGUCAGCCCCCAGAUGACAGCCAGCAAGGAAACAGGGACCUCUGUCCCACAGCAUAAAGAAACUAGAAUCUGCCAAUAGCCUGACUGACCUUGGACACAGAUUCUUCCCAGAAGGCUCUGAAAAGAACCAAGCCAGUCAACACUCACUUCCGCCUUGUGAGACAGGGCAAAGAAAGCAUCUAAGUCCACCAGACGACUGACCCACUAACUUCGCUGAAAUAAUACAUUUGUGUUGUUUUAA